AUGUCGGACAUUGCGCCUCCACGCUUCUCGCCCUCCGCCGAGCUCAUGAUCUCAUGUGGCUGCGUGCUCGUCGACCCGACCCUGCGCAAGAUUGCCAUCCUGUACGACGCCGACAGCGGCACCACGCAGCUGCCCAAGGGCCGCAAGAACAUUGGCGAGGACAUCUACGCGACGGCGCUGCGCGAGACGUACGAGGAGACGGGCAUCAAGGUGACACCGCUGCCGCUGCUUGUGAAUACGCGCUCGACGCCGGUGACGGGCACGCUGGGCGACGGGACGACGCCGGAGGAUGUGACGCGCGACUUGAUGAAUUGCGAGCCGUCGUCGGUGUGCAGUUAUACGUGUAGCGGGACGGGGGCGUUUAAGAUUGUCUUUUGGUAUGCGGCGCAGGGGGAUAGUUUGCAGGUGCCGGUCGUGGGGGGGCUUGAGCCGUGGGAGCAGGGGUUGAGUAUGGAGUGGGUGGAUGCGAGGGAGGCGAGUGGGAGGAUGAGCCAUGAGCAUGAUGCGAGGGUGGUGGCCAAGGUGUUGGAUGAUAUGAGGGCUUCUGGGUAUGAUAUCUAA